AUGCGUAGAUGCCAAAGAAAGUCCUCAUCUCCUUCUAAGACAUUUCAUCCCGUUCGGACUUCGUAUACUCUUGUUUUUCAUCCUAAGAAGGAUAUUCCAUUGAACAUCUCUAAGUUGGCUACAGACUUGAAAGAGUUGGAUUUAAGCAAAGUUACUUGGCUGAGAGGUAACUUUUACUAUUUUUUAUUGCUUUUUAGGUUGCGGGUUUGGCUUAGAAAUACCCUGCCGGAAAACCACCCUAUAAGAUGUCGAGUGUAAAAAUUUUAUAGCUUUCACAUAACUUUUUCUUUUUUAAAGUCAAAAAUUCUAGACGAAAUUCACUAUACCAAAGGCGAUCAAGGUAUACUACAAUGUCGAUAUCAAUCAAAUCACAAUCCACGAGUUGAUUCAGUAUCUGUCCAGUAA